UCGCCGGGCACAUGGCACGCGGUUUUCGCGGGCAUCAGACGGACGUCGGGUUGGCGCUGCUAUAGCACGAUCACGCGCGCGCCGUUCGGUUUACAAUCGGUUUUUUUGUGUUUUUGUUAUUAUUAAUUUCUUACCGUCCGCCUGGUAAUCGUAAUCGUUGUCUCGUUUUCCAUAUACAUCAACGCUUAGAAUACCGUUUACGUGCGUCUCGAACGAUAUUCUAAAUCGUGAUUCAAAUUCGUAGUAGGUAAGUUAUCCUGCCGUGUAUAUUGUACAUAUAUAUGUAUAAUAUAAAAGGAUAGUCGGGCGUUUUCGAAAUUCGUUUCCGACGUACCACGUGUCGAAUUCAUUGCUCCUGUGUCAAGUGAUAUACCUAAACUAUAUUAUAUUGUUGUGUAUCGUUGUUUUUGAUCAUUCGCCUGACUUUGCCAACAAUGACCGAAAAGCCUAGAGUCGUGUCCGCAUGUAUGAAGCGAAUCAUCCGGACCAACGGACGAGCGCAACAAAGACCUUUGAUAUCAGGCUUGGUGACAGCCACGUUGGGAGACGAUUCGGCGUGCGCCGCUGCCCGUGACGAGACGUUCAGCGGCCGCAGCGUGGCCGAAGUGCGAGCCGGACACCUGUUAGUCCGGUGGGACGGGCCGGCCGGUUACUGUUGGAAACUACUCCUCCGGUACCUGAACCUCACGGCCACCGAGCACGCCACCUACGGGUUCAGUCUCGUGCGGCCCGGGAGCAAGUCGCCCAUCGUCACCGUAGUGGUGGACACCGAAACGGACUUUCAUCACUGGACAACAACCAUUGCGGGACAACUCCUGAGCCAAACACCAUUGGAUGACGUCAAGUAUCUCGACAUACUCGGCAUUGUCACUGACCAUGCACCGUUUCGACGAUACUCGUCAACAGAUUCAUUAGUGACAUCUGCAUCCAAACACAAAAAAACCAGCUUGGAUAUGCAAGAAGUCAACAACAACCAUAUGCCUUUAUUUAGUUCACGUAUGUACAAGAAGAAUGUUUCACACUUGCCAGACUUGAUUCGAGAGUGCGAACAAUUGCGAAGAUCACCCGUCAACGAAUUCUCAGAUCUAAUACCAGUUAAACAGAAACGCAAGAUAUUCGAAGAAUCACUCACUUGCUCUUCAAAAAGUGUGGACAAUUUGCAUGAUCUUUCAUCUCAUAUAACAAACAUUAAGUCUAGGUCAAUGAACAAUUUGGAUUUGAGGGCUGUGCCAGUGAAAGACAUUUGCAGAUAUUUCGAAAGCAGAUUCAAUACUAACGAAGCCAAUACCAUACAAUUCAGAUCACUGUAUUAACAGAAAUGAAUUAUGGGUGUUAGAAUGUAUAUAAGACAUUGCGUGAAGACCUUUAAAUGAAGAAAAAUGUUCCAAAGAUUUAUGAAACUAUUAUGAUAAUAUAUUACUUAAUGUAUACUCUUAGUCAUUAAUAAAUAAUUUUGUUUUUAAAUAAAUAAAAAACAAUUAAAAAUUUUGUAAUUUAUACAAAUGUUGAGCUAAAAAUAAUAAUAAACAUAAAUAUUUGUGUUUUUAACAAUAUCAAAAACAAAUUACAAUUUAAAUUUCAUCUUAAAAAUGGAAGAAAUUGUAUACAUGGGUAAAAAAUCAAAUUGGAGAGCUCUAAUAACCAAAAAAUAAAUUACUCCUACAUUAAAGACUUAUUUUUUUAUUUAAUGACUAUAAAAUUUAAGUUGUUCGGCACAUAAACUGAUUACUAACAAUUAAAAGACAUAAACUUCACCGAUAAUGUAAUAUAGAUACAUAAUAUUAAUUUGUCAAAACUACAACUUCAGUACUGAAACUAUAAUAUUAAAUGAUAAAUAGGUAAUUUUAAUCACGAGCAGCAGAAACACAUAAAUACCUUCUACGGGUAUUUACAAGACAAUAAUAAUAUUAAUAAUAAUAAUAAUAAUAAUAAUAAUAAAUGUAUUUUGCACAAUUUUGAAAUCCAUUUGUAAGCACCGAUGGUAGUACAGGUGCUUAUCAACUAAAGGAUAAGGUAUCUGUUGGUUAAUGUUGAACUUCAUU